CAGAACGCUUGUUUGUUGACAAACGCUGGUUGUCUGCAAUCAAUUGAGAAUCGUUGCGAGUGGUGAAAGAUUGAUUAAAAAUGAGAAACAAAAAACACAGCGCAUUACUUGAAUAUAGCACAUCGAUUUGAUUAGUUUUCAAGUUUUAACUUUUAAAAUAUUUUAGUCUUGCGUCCGAAAAUUUAAAUUUUAUCUUUCCAUUAGGAUUAUGAUUAUUUAAAAUAUGGCUUUAAAAUUGAGCAUGUUAGAUAAGAAGUCUUCAAUUUCUUCCAAACAAAAAUGCAAGAAUUUGUUGAUUUCUGUACUAAGUCCAACCACCAAAAAAAGUGAAAGAACAAAGAAACUACACCAAGCUUCUAGCUUUCAAGAAGUGGGAAGUAGUAGCAUCGAAGAAAAAUGUGAUAAGACUUCAAAUAAUCCUAGCUCAUUGGACAAUUAUGCAAGCAUUCAGGAGUUACAUUUGCAUAAGACUGCUGAUACAAAGUCAAGCACAGAAACAUUGCCAUCGCACUUUGGUGGAGAUGUUGAAGUUCUUCCUGUUGCGGGUCAAAGUUCUUCUGAUCCAAUUUAUGCAACAGUCAAAAAGAAACAUGAAGAAGAUUUAGGUCCAGUAAUUUCUGCAAAAAUUUUGGCUGAUCAAUGUAAGAAAGAACAAAGAUUUAAUCAAGCAAAUGAAGAUUUAGCACCACAGGAUAAUUUGAAAGAAAAAGUUAAAGAAAAGAGUCAGCAAGAGGCUUUGAAGAAUGAAAAAAUAAAAAUUCUGCAGGAGAGAUUGAAAGAAAGUGCAGAAGAAAAUAAAAAGCUUCGAAGUUUAAUAGAAAACUUGGUGAAAGAAGAAAAAGGGAAAGAAGACACACUUCAUGCCAAAUUUCAACUAAAGUUAACAGAAUUUGAAGCAGAGACUCGUAAAGAUAUUAAGUGCCUAACAGAAAGAAUCCAAAUUCUUGUUAAUGAAAGGGAAAUACUGUCGGAGCAAGUUCAGAUUCUUCAUCAAGAUAAAAAGGCUUUGCAACUGAAAUGUGAUUCUGCAUAUAAGAAGAUGAAACUGUUGAUAUCACCAGAAUUCCAUGAAAAAGCAAUUGCUGAACAAAAAAAAUUACUUAGUGAUAGCAGAACAAAACAUAGUCACGAAAAGCAACAACUACAAGAAACAUAUAAUAUUUUAGAAGAAAAAUAUAAUUCCUCAAUGAUCAAAAUUCAAGAAUUUCAAGAGAGUAAAAGACUACUAGAACAGAGAAUUUCUCAGUUGAAAGCAUCAGAACAUGAAUGCCAAAAAGAGAGGGCUAGAAUUCAGUCACAACUAGAAGAAUCCAAGCAGAUGGAAAAAGAUGCUCAGAUUUUAGUGCAAUCUCUUUUAAAAGUGGCAGAAAAUGUUGUAAAUGAAAGGGAUAUUUUAUUGAAUAAGGCAUCCUACCAAGAUCAUCAGCAGAAAAUGAUGCAGACUACCAUUGUCAACUACAGUCUAAAUCUUGGGAGAUUAGAAGAACAUGUUACACAUUUAAGCAGAAAUAAAUCUGAAGAGCUUAUAAAAUCUAAAGAAAUCCCUCUCCAUAUUGAAAGCAUAAAACAAUCUUAUGUACAGGAAAUAGAUUUCCUUCGUUCUAAAGUAUUAAAUCAAAGCAAUAUUAUACAUGAACUGGAAGGUGAUAAAAGAAAAUUAGAAUCACAACUACUAAGCAUACAGGAAGCAGUUUACAUUGGAAAGCCUAAGUUGUUUGAUGAUGUGAAUAGUUUAAAUUUUUUAAAUAUGUAAUCCUGCAAAAUGCUUAAUUACGUUGCUCAAAUUGUACAAUUCAUAAUUUUGUAUCCCUAAAAUCUAUUUUAUAAAUUUUUAGA